GGGAUGUGGGGGAUGGUGGGUGGGUACAGAGAGCUGGGAGGGAGGCACCCCGGGGGGCGGGGCGUGGGAGACUGUCUUCGGGGGCGCGAGCUGCCCCAGGUGAGCCGUGGCUCAGGUCCGGAGCGCGGUCGGGACACAGCGCUUCUAGGAGAAAGCCUGGAAGGCGCUCCGGGGGUACCCAGAACUCUUAGCGGGCCGGCAGCAUGUGCGGGGCCCAAGGUCUUCCGGGCUCUGCGUGGGGGUCGUUGCGGCUGGAGACCAGGGAGGGGGAUGGAAACGGGCUUGGAAAGUAAUCCCACCCGAGCAGGUGGGCAUGGGAGGCCGCUGUGCUGGGGAGCCCCGCGAGGGCUCCGAACGGAGCCUCCCUUUUCAGAAAGGUCACCCUGGUCAUUGCAGCUGCCAGGGUGACCGAGGAAGGUGGCCGGGGUGGAGGCAGUGGGCGUGGAGAGGGGUCGGAUUCCGGACGUAGUUUGAAGGUGGAGCCGUCAGGUUCUGCUGAGCAGCUUGGCUAUGGGGCGUGCGAGAAGGGAAGGCUCAGGGCCUAGUCCCUGGGCACGAGUAGCAGCCGGAAGGAUGAAGUCCCAGUGCUUCGGGAGGAGGCGGCUUGAGGACGGCUCUGGAGCUCAGGCUUGCCCGCGUGGAGUGGAAGCUGCCUCUUGGACACGGGGCGGGGAGGCCGCAUGCAGUCUGGAGCGCUGGGAGGAUGGGAGAUCCAGAGGGGCAGGGCUGGAGGGGUAGGAGGAAAACCUGAAGAGGGUGGCGCCCGGAAGCCCGGGAAAGUGAUGAACUGGGUCAGAGGCCGGGUAUCAACAAAUAGGAGGGUGGAGACGACCUUGAGGAAAGCAGUACGUGGAAAUGUUUUCUAACAUAUAAAAACCUACAGAAGAAGAAAAUAAUUUUCUGGAUCAAAUUAGAAGUCUGUAUUAUAUUGAUGUCUCCAGAUUCAAAUAUAUUAGAAAGCAGCAGUGGAGACAACCAUCUUCAUUUUGGGAGAAAUAACUAAAGCCCGCCUCAAGCAUUAGAACUACAAACAAACCCUGAUGCGACCUCUCCAGAUUGUCCCAGGUCGAUUGAUUUCCCAGCUAUAUUGUGGCCUGAAGCCUCCAGCGUCCACACGAAACCAGAUUUGCCCGAAAAUGGCUCGGCCAAGUUCAAGUAUGGCAGAUUUUCGGAAGUUUUUUGCAAAAGCAAAGCAUAUAGUCAUCAUCUCAGGUGCUGGUGUUAGUGCAGAAAGUGGUGUUCCGACCUUCAGAGGAGCUGGAGGUUAUUGGAGAAAAUGGCAAGCCCAGGACCUGGCAACUCCCCUGGCCUUUGCCCACAACCCGUCCCGGGUGUGGGAGUUCUACCACUACCGGCGGGAGGUCAUGGGGAGCAAGGAGCCCAACGCCGGGCACCGCGCCAUAGCCGAGUGUGAGACCCGGCUGGGCAAGCAGGGCCGGCGAGUCGUGGUCAUCACCCAGAACAUCGAUGAGCUGCACCGCAAGGCUGGCACCAAGAACCUUCUGGAGAUCCAUGGUAGCUUAUUUAAAACUCGAUGUACCUCUUGUGGAGUUGUGGCUGAGAAUUACAAGAGUCCAAUUUGUCCAGCUUUAUCAGGAAAAGGUGCUCCAGAACCUGGAACUCAAGAUGCCAGCAUCCCAAUUGAGAAACUUCCCCGGUGUGAAGAGACAGGCUGCGGGGGCUUGCUGCGACCUCACGUCGUGUGGUUUGGAGAAAACCUGGAUCCUGCCAUUCUGGAGGAGGUUGACAGAGAGCUCGCCCACUGUGAUUUAUGUCUAGUGGUGGGCACUUCCUCUGUGGUGUACCCAGCAGCCAUGUUUGCCCCCCAGGUGGCUGCCAGGGGCGUGCCAGUGGCUGAAUUUAACACGGAGACCACCCCAGCUACGAACAGAUUCAGGUUUCAUUUCCAGGGACCCUGUGGAACGACUCUUCCUGAAGCCCUUGCCCAUCAUGAAAAUGAAACUGUUUCUUAAGUGUCCUGGGGAAGAAAGAAAUUACAGUAUAUCUAAGAACUAGGCCACACGCAGAGGAGAAAUGGUCUUAUGGGUGGUGAGCUGAAUACUGAACAAUCUAAAAAUAGCCUCUGAUUCCCUCGCUGGAAUCCAACCUGUUGAUAAGUGAUGGGGGUUUAGAAGUAGCAAAGAGCACCCACAUUCAAAUGUCACAGAACUGGAAAGUUAAUUCAUAUUAUUUGGUUUGAAUUGAAACGUGAGGUAUCUUUGAUGUGUAUGGUUGGUUAUUGGGAGGGAAAAAUUUUGUAAAUUAGAUUGUCUAAAAAAAAUAGUUAUUCUGAUUAUAUUUUUGUUAUUUGGGCAAAGUAGAAGUCAAGGGGUAAAAACCCUACUAUUUAAUUCUGAUUUUUGCACAAGUUUUAGUGGAAAAUAAAAUCACACUCUACAGUAGGUAAUUUAUUGUAUAAAGACAUUACCCCACAAUAUGGCUUUAUUAGGGACUUUUUUUUUUUUUUUUGAGACAGAGUUUCACUCUUGUUGCCCAGGCUGGAGUGCAGUGGUGCGAUCUCAGCUCACAGCAACCUCCGCCUCCUGGGUUCAAGAGAUUCUCCUGCCUCAGCCUCAUGAGUAGCUGGGAUUACAGGUAUGUGCCACCACACCCAGCUAAUUUUGUAUUUUUAGUAGAGACGGGGUUUCUCCAUGUUGGUCAGGCUGGUCUUAAACUCUCGACCUCAGGUGAUCUGCCCGCCUCGGCCUCCCAAAGUGCUGAGAUGACAGGCAUGAGCCACCGCACCCGGCUUACUGGGGGCUUUUUAACCUUGUUUGGCUACAUUACCUCAGUGAACAAGGGGCAGCUCACAACAGGAACUCACACAAAGAAGGAAGAGAACAGUACCAACAAGGUAGAACAUCAUGAUGAGAAGAAUGAUGCAAAUAUGUGGACCCCCAGGAUAAACACAGCUGCCUAAAAUUUAGCUCUGGCCCCCUUAGAUGGGGGAAGUCAACAGUGAAGUGUUUCUCAGCAUCAUAAAGGCAGAAGCUAUGGUUCCUGUGGGGCCUGCCAACCGUUCCCAGAUGCUGAACUCUGCUGGGAGUUUUUUCCAUGGGACUUUAAAAAAUGAUGCCCUUAUGUUGGGCCAGACCUCUGUUAACUUCAGUAGGGAUGGCACCAGGUUCAAGAGGCCAAAGAAGAGACCUGGAGCUAGUGAAGGAAACAUAGGGUUUAUUUGGGGAACCUUACAGGGUGGUCCAGUGGCCGCGGGCUGGACAGAACUGCAACCACUUGCAGUUUACACAGCACUUUCACUCAGCACCCUCCCCUCAGCAGCCUCCACGUGGCAACCCUCAUUUCUUAAGUUAUUGCUGUCAGAUGCAUCUGCCAUACAGGGUCAUUCUCAGGGGAUGCUUAAGUUAUUUCUGUCAGGUACAUCUUCCAUACACUUUACUACCUUGGAGUAAAGUAGUAAGAAUACAGCUUUUUCCUUAACCUUUACCAGCUAACUCAGUGCUUAGGGGCCUUGGAAUACCUGCUGUCCAGCAGGUGUCACAGGCCUGACCGGGAGGCAUGGCCAUUAUCAACAGUGUAUGAAGGUCACAUAUGGCUCCCUGAAGUGAUUACAUACUUGGACCACAUCACCUCAGCCCCUUGCAAAAUUGCAUUUAAUGUUACACCCUUGGCUUUUGUAGAAACAGGCAACAAGACACUAUCAUAUAAAACUUUGUACUGCAUUGCAAGGCAUAACCUUUAAUAAAUCCCAGUGGUCCUUUGUGUAGGGAACGGGGAUGCUCAUAGCCUAUGGGGCGGCUGGAGAACCAGUCAGGGACCCUGAGGGCUUGAUUUACACUUUACAUGGGUGGGCCAAGGAGUUUACACUGAGGGCACUGGUAAUACCUGUAAUAGUCUUAUAGUACUUAUAAAGCAGUUUUGCACAUAAAAUACCAUCAUGCACUUAUAAGUUUGUUCCUGGGCUGCUCCAAGUUAACUUUAUUCAUUUUCCUAGUGUUAGCACAGUGUCUCAGGGAGUCUGAUUAUAUUUUUGAUUUGUAAUUUCUAUCUGACUAAGGCCUAGAGAUUUCAAAACUGUUCUUUGCAAUUCCUCUCAUACUGAACCUCUGGUUCAGCAGCUUUUGUUGUUGUUGUUGUUGUUUUCAAGUUUUAUCAUUUUUGUUCCUAUUUGGUUUUGUCGUUUUUAAAUUGGGAAUUGCUUCUAAAACAGAAGACAUGAAAAGAGAAUUAAAAAUACAAUAUAUGUGUAAGAUAGAAUUAUUCAGCUUAGCAUUUAUUAAACAUCUACCAGAUGAUAGACAUUAGAAAUAAAAAGACUAGCAAGACCUGGCCCUUCCCCUCAGGGGUUCACAGAAUGGCUGGAGCAACUGUCAUAUAAGCUGUUAUGAAGUGCAGAAACUACACAGACAUUUGUGCGGGUUCAGACCAGCGCAAUUAGAGAUGGGCAGAGUGGGAUGGGGUAGGGGUAAGGUGCUUGAAAUUUGCCUGGGUGGGAAUUUUUGAAGUAUAAAAAGGACUUCUACCUGGGGGGCUGCGGCAGUAGAGGGAAGAGCACGGUCGGUACAAAUGCAUGGCAGGUGUGAAACAGUUUGAUUUGUUCAAAGAAUGAUGAAUCAUUUAGUGUUGUAUAAUGGAUGGGAGGAGAGAAACACAGCGAUCACAAAGGGCCAUGUUUGCCAAGAAAUAAAAUAUACUUGGAAAAAAAGUA